AUGGACUGGGGCACCCUUCACACCGUCAUCGGCGGCGUCAACAAGCACUCCACCAGCAUCGGCAAGGUGUGGGUCACCGUGCUGUUCAUCUUCCGCGUCAUGAUCCUCGUGGUGGCCGCCCAGGAGGUGUGGGGGGACGAGCAGGAGGACUUCGUGUGCAACACGCUGCAGCCCGGCUGCAAGAACGUCUGCUACGACCACUUCUUCCCGGUGUCCCACAUCCGGCUGUGGGCGCUGCAGCUGAUCUUCGUGUCCACGCCGGCGCUGCUGGUGGCCAUGCACGUGGCCUACCACCGGCACGAGGUUGCCCGCAAGUUCCGGCGUGGGGAGAGGCGGGGUGAGUUCAAGGACCUGGAGGACAUCAAGCGGCAGAAGGUGCGCAUCGAGGGCUCGCUGUGGUGGACUUACACGGGCAGCAUCUUCUUCCGCAUCCUCUUUGAGGCCGCCUUCAUGUAUGUGUUCUACUUCCUGUACAACGGCUACCACCUGCCCUGGGUGCUCAAGUGCGGCAUCGACCCCUGCCCCAACCUGGUCGACUGCUUCAUCUCCCGGCCCACGGAGAAGACCGUGUUCACCAUCUUCAUGAUCGCCGCGUCUGUCAUCUGUGUGCUGCUCAAUGUGGCCGAGCUCUGCUACCUGCUGCUGCGGCUGUGUCUUCGCAGGUCCCGGCGGUUGCGGGCGCCAGGCAGCCACCCCAGCCAUGCCCUGAAGGAGAGGAAGCAGAACGAGCUUAACGAGCUGAUCUCAGACAGCGGCCCCAACGCGAUGCCGGGGUUCCCGAGCUAACCAGCCCAAGGUGGCUGGGACUUGUGGCUUCUCUGGAGGGUGUCGGCGCCCCGGGAAGUCCUUCCCCCAGCCCAGAGUCUGCCUUGACACGGAACGUCCGUGAUGAGUAGGUGCCUGAGCUAAUAUUUUGUAGAAUCCUUGUGCCCCUCCAUCUCCAAGGACAAAGGACGGGGUGACAGCGGAGCCUCACGUGAGCAGAUUCAUGUAGCGUGGACAGUCUGACCAAGCAGGUAUUUUCUGAAAGUGCAUGUGCCUGCUGCUGCUAACACGUCUCUAGAAAUAAUACUUUUAUUAGUGAAAGGUAUUUUUAUAGGCUUGAAUGUUUCUAGUUCUAACCUUGAAUUUAUAUAAAGUAUUUUUGUAAUGGCGAGUCUUCCUCAGCUGGAGAGGCACACGAUGUUGGCGUGAGGAUGACGCCACAAGGACCUGGAUUCUGAACUUGCAGAGGUCUGUCUUGCAAGUAUAGCUUUGCGAGGUCUGCUAGCUGGGUGGGCUGCCGGAUCCUCUUAGGUAGAGGGUGUUCACUAUAUGCUGUGUCCUCACUGCUCUCUGGAUGUCAGGGUGGGGCUGGGGGUGGGAGGGGGAGCCUGUCUGACGAUCGCUGUGAACAGCUGGAACGUGAGUGUGGUCACCUCAAUAAAGCUCAGCCCUGUUGCUUCAGC